AUGCCCAGGACUAGCUAUUUAGACGAAAAUUUUGAAGCUACUCAUUACAAUAAUGUGCGUCCCUCUUAUCCCCAAUCUUUAGUAAGUGAGGUAAUGAAAUUUCACAAGGGUCCAUGCAAAAGUUUGGUUGAUAUUGGAUGCGGCACAGGAAAAGCAACUUUUCUCUUCGAACCUUAUUUUGAGGAAGUCAUUGGGAUUGAUCCCUCUUCUUCCAUGCUCUCCAUUGCUGAGAAAGGAAGAAAUGACCGUAAAUUAGAUGGGAAGAUUAGGUUUAUCAAUGCUUUUGGUGAGGACUUAUCCAGCAUUCAGCCAGGAACUGUGGAUACAGUUAUUGGCGCAGAAGCCAUUCAUUGGUGCAAUUUGGAAAAGCUGUUCCAGCAAGUUUCUUCCAUAUUACGAAGUGAUGGAACUUUUGCAUUUUGGUUUUAUAUUCAGCCGGAAUUUGUGGAUUUUGGUCCAAAAGCCUUAGAUGUAUACUACAAGUAUGGUUGGAGUGAGGAUUACAUGGGUAAAUACCUGGACGACAAUCAAAGGGAAAUUCUAUUGAAUUACGGUGGUGAAAAACUACGGACUUUAUUAGCAGAUCAAUUUAAGGAUAUUGAGGUGACAAUUUACAGUCCUUCGGACACGGACACGUCAACAGUAACUGCUGAAAAAAAUCAGUUUCUCUGGAGGACGACUAUUACUUUGAACCAAUUCAAAGAGUUCGUGAAAAGUUGGAGCUUAUACUCUUCUUGGAUUGGAAACCAUCCUGGGGAACCGGAUAUUGCGGAUAUAUUUGUUAACGAGUUGAAAGAGGUCUGCCAUUGUGAUAACUUGGAUGUGCCUUUGAAGGUAGAGUGGUCCACCUUUUAUUAUUUAUGUAGAAAAGGAGGAUAA